UCAGGAGGAAUCACGUGACCUCCAGUCAGCUGAUCAAAUCCUGCGUCCUGUAACUAGAGUCAUAGCGAUGGUGUUAUAGUCAUUUAGUCGUGAUAUUAAAUAAACUGGUACUAUAUUUAAACGAUUUAUUCGACGAUUUCAACAGCAAAGCGUCUCAGUAGUUUGAUACAGCGUUUCAAUAAAGAAGAAAGAUGUCCGGAAAAGAUCGGAUCGACGUUUUUCCCUCUAGAAUGGCCCAGACCAUUAUGAAAGCUCGACUGAAAGGAGCUCAAACUGGCCGGAAUUUGCUGAAGAAGAAAGCUGAUGCUCUGUCCAUGCGAUUUCGGCAAAUUCUUCGAAAAAUCAUUGAGACUAAGACGCUGAUGGGAGAGGUGAUGAGAGAAGCCGCCUUUUCAUUAGCUGAGGCCAAAUUUGCUGCUGGUGACUUCAGCACUACAGUCAUUCAGAAUGUGAACAAGGCCCAGGUGAAGGUCAGAGCAAAAAAGGACAAUGUUGCAGGAGUUACUCUACCGGUGUUUGAGCAUUACCAGGAGGGAGGAGACAGUUAUGAGCUCACUGGUCUGGCCAGAGGUGGAGAGCAGCUGUCUCGGCUCAAGAGGAACUACGCCAAAGCAGUCGAGCUUCUUGUAGAGCUGGCCUCACUGCAGACCUCUUUUGUGACGCUGGACGAGGCCAUCAAGAUCACAAACCGCCGUGUGAACGCCAUCGAGCACGUGAUUAUUCCCAGGAUCGAGCGCACGCUCACGUACAUCAUUACUGAGCUGGAUGAACGGGAGCGAGAGGAAUUCUACCGGCUCAAGAAGAUCCAGGAGAAGAAGAAGCAGCACCGUGAGAGGACGGAGAAGGAGAUCGCCCAGCGUUUGGCGGCACUGGGGCCAAUCUCAGAGCCCAUGAACAUGCUAAACGAAGAGGCCGACGAGGACCUGCUGUUUGAAUGAACCACGUCAUAUUUAUGCUUUGUGCCUGUAAGGCCGAGCUUCACAUGAAAAGAGGAAGCUCUUGUUUUGUGUGUAUGUUGGUGCCCUGUCACGUUUUUUUUGUUUAGGAUGAAUAGAACAUAUAUCACAGACGCUGUAAAAAUGUGUAUCCAGAAACUGUUUCAAGUGCAAGGAUUUUUUAUGUUUGAACAGGAAAGAAAAGCUGUCAAAUGAAUUCAAAUGAUCAUUCCACGCUCCAGUCUUAUUGCAUGCGUGUUCAACCGGUUAGCUAGUGUGUGAUAACGGAGAAUAUUCUGUGACGUACCGUACUUCUCUUGAGUUUUUGCAGAAACCGUUCAGUGCUGACACAAUCCUUACCGAACCUCAGCCCAGAUUCUUCCACAUGCCCAGUUGUUUGUUCUCAGUGCAAAUGUGUACCCAGAUUUCACUUCCUGUGAAUUUAAUUUCAAUAAAUGUUGAAAAUGGUCA